CGCACGCCGUUUCUCUCUCUUCCCCCAAAUCUCUUCUCGGUUCAUCCAAAAAUGCUCGCUCGUCUCGCCACCAAACGCCUCCUUGAGGUUCGCCAGAUUUUCCGUCAAAAUCAUCAGACUUCUCGAUCCUUCUCCACUGCCCUAAACUACCAUCUUGAUUCUCCGGAUAACAACCCUAGCAUUCCUUGGGAGUUCAAUGAUGCUAACAAGGGAAAAGUUAAGGAGAUACUAUCUCACUAUCCAUCCAAUUACAAGCAGUCUGCAGUAAUUCCUCUGCUAGAUCUUGCACAGCAGCAGCAUGGAGGAUGGCUCCCUGUUUCAGCAAUGGAUGCAGUGGCCAAGGUCGUAGAGGUUGCUCCCAUCCGUGUAUAUGAAGUUGCAACAUUUUAUUCGAUGUUCAACCGAGCAAAGGUGGGUAAGUACCACCUAUUGGUAUGCGGCACGACACCUUGUAUGAUACGUGGUUCGCGAGAAAUAGAAGAUGCCUUGCUAAAACACUUAGGAGUGAAGCGCAAUGAAGUGACAAAGGAUGGCUUGUUUUCUGUCGGUGAAAUGGAAUGCAUGGGAUGUUGUGUAAAUGCUCCUAUGAUCACAGUGGCAGACUAUUCAACUGGAUCUGAAGGAUAUACCUACAACUACUAUGAAGACGUCACUCCAAAACGUGUCGUUGAGAUAGUUGAGAUGUUGAGAAGGGGGGAGAAACCACCACAUGGCACACAAAACCCUCAGCGGACAAGGUGUGGCCCAGAAGGAGGGAAUACCACUUUGUUAGGCGAGCCAAAGGCGCCUCCAUGCAGGGAUCUCGAUGCAUGCUAAAUCUUGAAUCUGUCAAAUAUUGUCUCCAAUAAUGUAAAACCUUCCAUGCUGAUGGUCUUCCCCCGGUUGUAAGCUGCUCUUGACCGUCUCCGUAUUAUUUUUUUAACGCAUUACUCUACCAGUCUGAUAUCUGGUGGAUAUCUCUGUUUGGUUUAAUUACGAGUUCUUACUUUCAUUUUGUAUGGAAUGACCGGAUAAACACUCUGCUUCGUGAACCAUGGUGAAGACAGAAAUAGUUCAUCUUAUUUUAGAAUAUACCUGAGAACCAAGUUGGAUUCUUAGUGCGAGUCUUCAAUAAUAAUCCAUGGGCUAUUUGCAAAUA